AUGGCCAAGCAAUCCUCCAAGCAGCCCUCCUCUUCCAAGUCGAAGGGCUCCAGCAACAAGAAGUCCAGCGGGCAGAGCUCCUCCUCAAGCACCGUCCCCGUGAACCGCUCGUGGCAGAACCAGUCGCUCGAUCGGAGCCAGACGGGAGCGGGCGGCAGCGACAGCUACGGCGUCGGCAGAUGGCUGACGGAACCGUCUUGGCAGGAGCCGUUCAACGCCAUCGCCGAGGUGCCGGCGGCCGGAUCGGCAGCGGGGUGCGUUGGCGGGCGUCAGGGGUCGGGCGCAUCGGCAACGUACGCCACGUCCCGGACGCAGCAGCAGCAGCAACAGCAGCAGCAGCAGCGCUGA